AUACCGUGAAAAAAAACCCUAGCCGCUAAUUGUGGUUGAGGUUUCUACCGAACUGCUCCCUCGAGACGAAAAUGGUCACUUUCAAGUUUCACCAGUACCAGGUUGUGGGAAGAGCUCUCCCGACAGAGAAAGAUGAGCACCCUAAGAUUUACCGUAUGAAGCUCUGGGCUACGAACGAGGUUCGUGCCAAGUCCAAGUUCUGGUAUUUUUUGAGGAAGCUAAAGAAAGUUAAGAAGAGUAAUGGACAGAUGCUGGCCAUUAAUGAGAUUUUUGAGAAAAACCCGACAACCAUCAAGAAUUUUGGAAUCUGGUUGAGGUAUCAGAGCAGAACUGGAUACCACAAUAUGUACAAGGAGUAUCGUGACACUACCUUGAACGGAGCUGUGGAACAGAUGUACACAGAGAUGGCUUCCAGACACCGUGUCAGGUUCCCUUGCAUCCAGAUUAUUAAGACAGCCACUGUCCCGGCAGCUUUGUGCAAGAGAGAGAGCACCAAGCAGUUCCAUAACAGUAAGAUCAAGUUCCCAUUGGUGUUCCGCAAGGUGAGACCACCAAGCAGGAAGCUGAAGACGACUUACAAGGCCUCCAAACCCAACUUGUUCAUGUAAAAGGUCUCUGAUUGACUCUUUUUUUUUUUGUGGCGUAGAAUCGUGAUGAAGUUAUGUUCUCUGCUGUUUUGGAUUUUCCCUGAAAUUUUUGUUUAUCAACAUUCUAGGCGUAUUCAUGAAACUAUACUAGACCUUUUCUGGAUUUUGUGGUUCAUGUUUUUUGCUUAUGAAAGAAAACCCUUUUCCUUCUU